GAAGACAUGAGCGUAAAUGUAGUAACAGUUCAGUGUUAAAUCGAAGACAUCAUUAGAUCUCUACGGUCUCUCCUGCUAGCCCAUAAUCUUUCUCUCUCCGUCUAUCCAUGGCCUGUAAAUCUAAUUUCUUUUUUAUUCUCUGCGUCUUCUCUUUUUCCGUAAAUUCGAUCUUCUCCUUACGAUCAGAACCACAAUCACUUAUAGAAACAGAUUGCACCAACCGCUGGAUCCAUAUUAGACGGUUACCAUCACGCUUCAAUCUUGAUCUUCUUACAAACUGCUCCGAGUACACACUUAUCGAAGAUUUCUGCCCCUAUUUAGCCAAUCAUGGCUUAGGCCCCAAAACGCACAAUCGCUCUCAAUCUUGGUACCGCUCCGAUCCUCUUUUGUUAGAAGUCACUUUCCAUCGCCGGAUGCUUGAGUACCCAUGUCUCACCGCCGAUCCCAAUUUGGCCACCGCAAUCUACUUACCUUAUUAUGCAGCAAUUGAUUCUUUAAGGUAUUUGUACGGUCCAGAUGUAAAUAAUAGCAUGGAGCAUGGGUUAGAAUUAUUCGACUAUCUUCAAGAAAAUGAUUUUAAGAUAUGGGAAAGAAAUAAUGGGAUGGAUCAUUUUCUUGUUAUGGCAAGACCCGCUUGGGAUUUUUCACAGCCUUUGGAUUUUGACCCACCUGUAUGGGGAACUUCACUUCUUGAAUUGCCUGAGUUUUAUAAUGUAACUGCUUUAGUUGUUGAAGGUAGGACUUGGCCUUGGCAAGAACAAGCUGUGCCUUAUUUAACCUCAUUUCACCCUCCAAGUUUAGCCCUUUUUUAUUCUUGGCUUAAACGUGUUAAGGGUUCAAGAAGAACAACGUUUAUGCUCUUUGCCGGCGGCGGCGGUAUCUCUGCCACCCCAAAUAUUAGGAGAAGUAUUAGAAAUGAGUGUGAAAAUACUAGUAAUAGUACUAGUACUAGUAUGGGUGGUUUUUUUUGUACUAAGGUAUGUGAUUUAGUGGAUUGCUCUAAUGGGAUAUGUGAACAUGACCCUAUAAGGUAUAUGAGGCCAAUGUUACAAGCCAAUUUCUGUUUGCAGCCACCAGGGGAUACUCCAACAAGAAGAUCAACUUUUGAUGCCAUAAUUGCAGGGUGCAUACCAGUUUUCUUUGAAGAUGUGUCGGCAAAAUCGCAAUACCGUUGGCACUUGCCGGAGGAGAUAUAUGGGGAAUUUUCAGUUUUUAUACCUAAAGAAGAGGUUGUGUAUAAAGGGUUAAGGAUUUUGGAUGUUUUAACGAGCAUUCCAAGUGAUCAAGUGAGGAAGAUGAGGGAGAAAGUUUUAGGGUUGAUUCAUAGAGUUUCAUAUAAGAAGCAUGGGAGUUCGUUGGGUUUUAGAGCAAAAAUGGAUGCUUUUGAUAUUGCAGUUGAAGGUGCUCUGAAGAGGAUUAAUACAAGGCUUAAUGGAGGAGAGUUUUAUUACUGAUUAUUAAUUUUAAUUUAUUUUGGUUGUUGUAAUUAUUAUUAUCAUUGAUUCUUCUCUCUCUCUCUCUCUCUCUCUCUUUUUUUUCUUUCGUUCUCCUGCAAAAAAUGCAGAGAACAAUAGAUCAUUUUUGUUUGUAUCAGUAACCAUCUGCAUUCAAUUUUGGAGGAAAAAUAUUGGUAUUCUCUCUUUCUGUUCAUCUUAA